AUGGCCUUCACAACACGCUCCUUCUCCUUCAUCUCCCUCUCCCAUUCAUCCUCAUCUCUAUCUCCCUACUCACCACUCGCAUCCUCCAAAUCUCGGUCCAAACAACCCAAAUAUCCUCGAAAAAAUAGAUCUAAAUCUAAAUCUAGGCGCAAAGGCCCCAAUGAACAAGAACAAGAACAAGAACAAGAACGAGAACUUCUCACUGAGGCAUUUCGAGGGGAAAAAGAUGAAGAGUGUCCAUGUCCUAGCUGUAUGUAUCCUGAUGCAUGUAGCGGGGAAAGUGAACCCUCUUCGUCCUCGUCAUCAUCCUCGUCUUCAUUCGGCAAUCACAAUAUCGAUGCAGAGGAAAGUUUCAAUAUUGCAGAAGUAGAGAAUGGGGGUAAAUUCCUCGAAAGGCGGAAAGGGAGACGAGAAGGGGGGCGCGAGUUGAAGAUGAAGUGGGGAUUGGCUUGGUUGAGGGGGAGGGUGACGCGGGGGAGAGGUUACGGAUAUUGA